AUGGUCAUCAAGGUUUACAUCGCGUCCUCGAGUGGCUCUGUGGCGUUGAAAAAGCAUCAGCAGUCCGUCGUAGGUUUCCUGGAGGCCAAUCGCAUCAACUUCCAGGAAAUAGACAUCACCAUGCUGGAGGAGUCAAGGCUCUGGAUGUACCGCAACAUACCCCAGGACAAGCAGCCGGAGAAAGGCAACCCGCUGCCUCCGCAGAUCUUCAGUGAUGACUGCUACUGUGGGGACUACGAAGACUUCUUCCAAGCGAAGGAGAACAACACUGUGUUUUCAUUCUUUGGCCUCAGUUCCAAACCCUCAGUGAAAGAUUCAGAGUCAUAGAUCCAACUGCUGGUGGUGUCACGUCCAGGUGACCUUCAAAGAUGAGGACACAAACCGCACCGCUCCCUGUGUUGCAUCACGUCCUUCGCCGGGAUCCUCCUGAUACGACGCCAGCAUUUUGCCAAACCUCACCAACCCCUGGGAUCUUUUCCUCCCUGUAUGACCCCCUCCUGAAAAAAAUGGUCUAAACAACAUUCCACCAUCAGUGAAGUCCCAGAGACGUGUCUGACUCCCAAGAUGCCACUAAAACUUUACCACAGAAGAAGAGUAACCUUAGGAUGAAGGCGUUUGUGUGUCCUACUUGUCUUUA